CGCUGGACGAGGAGCAGGAUCCACGCAGGAGGCACAACCCGGACGCCGUGUUCUUCCUUUGCGGUUUUAACACGAUGGAGCCAGCCUUCGGUGAGGUGAACCAACUCGGCGGUGUUUUCGUGAACGGCAGGCCGCUCCCCAACGCGAUCCGGCUCAGGAUAGUGGAGCUGGCCCAGCUCGGGAUACGACCCUGUGACAUCAGCAGGCAACUGCGCGUGUCCCACGGCUGCGUCAGCAAGAUCCUGGCCCGCUACAACGAGACCGGCUCCAUCCUCCCGGGGGCCAUUGGAGGCAGCAAGCCGCGGGUCACCACACCCACCGUGGUUAAGCACAUACGGACAUACAAGCAGAGAGACCCGGGGAUUUUUGCCUGGGAGAUCCGGGACAGGCUACUCGCCGACGGCGUUUGCGACAAAUUCAAUCUGCCGUCAGUCAGCUCCAUCAGUCGGAUCCUCCGCAACAAGAUCGGGAAUCUGUCCCAGCAGAGCCAGUACGAGUCAGGCAAGCAGGGGCAUCACCCACCGCCACAACCAACGAUACCCUACAACCACUUAUACUCAUACCCGACAUCCAAAGUACCCACUCCCCCUGGCAUGCCCACCCUUCCCGGACACAUGGCCAUGCACAGGAUAUGGCCUUCCUCGCACUCUGUAACAGAUAUUCUGGGGAUACGGUCUAUUACAGAGCAACAAAUUAGUGACAGUCCAUCCUUUUCCAGCGCCAAACUAGAAGAAUGGAGCGCUAUAAUCAGCAAGCUCUCCACUAGAAAUGACAUGGAUAAACCGCAUUUAGAAUCUGAAGCAAAACACACACACACACAGACGCUGAAUGGCUUGCCCACAGUGAACAGCUAUGUCACAGCACCCAGCAUCCCUCCCUACCACCCUCCCACCACCCAAGUGUCACCCUACAUGGGGUACAACGCCACCACGUCGGCCUAUGUGACCGGUCCCACAUGGCAGCCGGGCAGUGGCAGUGCGCCAUCUCACCACAACUGUGACAUCGCCAGCCCUCUGACCUUCAGGAGCAUCACAGCUAACCGUGACACCAUCCACCCAGUCACCGCCUCGGCGCUGUGAAGUCGGGCUGAUGGGAGAGAGAGGGGGAGGGAGUGAGAGACGGCGAGGACAGGAGACACCAAGUCUGUCCCCUGUGGCUUAAUUUCAUUCCCACUGCCUCCUUUCUAUGAAGGACUUCGGCCCCAGGACCCAUAUUGGUGCCCCGUCCUCCUCCCUGCGACACACAGUCAGACCAAAGACACACGAGGAAUAAAGUCAUUUUUUUUUUACUACAGACUUGUUGUCCGAGAGAACUUGCAGGACAGACAGGUGUACCUGAAGGACUGACGUAUGACUGCUACUCCAUCCAUCAACACAAUUCCUCUCAGAUUCUUUACUGCACACUUCUGCAAAUGUCUUUGGGCAAAAUGGGGUAAUGUAUAACUUCAUGAGUAAGCAAUCAAAGAAGAGGGGGAAACUUUGCAUUAGUGUUUCAGGGUGCUUCAUAAUAAUAGCUAUUGUUUUUUAAAUGUUUUGUUUGUAUACUUUUUUGUGUUAUGUUUUGAUAAAAGUAAGUGUCUUAUGGAGCAAUGUUUUCCCACUUCUCUAAAAAAAAAAAAAAUGUAGCCUAUGCAAGAGCUCCAGAGAAGUUUAUUUAUUAGAUUAAGGUACGUUGAAUGAAGUGCAAUUGGCCUUACAGACAGAACGAGGAUCUCCACGCACGUAUAGACAAAAUUGGCAUUGGUCUUAUGUUGGAGUUUAGAGCAUUAACAAUUGACAAAUGUUGCACAAUGAAAUUGAAUGUAUCUUAUUAAAUUGUUUGGCUGUUAUUGGUCUUCAUGGAGUUUGCCUCGACAGUUUUUAUUCUGAGAACAGAAGACGUAUAAAAUAUUUAUCCUCCCCCUCUCUCUCUCCGUCAGUGUAGCUUACUUUAGGUAAAUCCAGGAUAUUGUCGCCUGCUGGUCUGUUUUACAUGAGCAGGAAACUGCUUUUCAUAAAACAUAUAUGUGCACGCUCAAACA